UGAGUUCCCUCAAAUUUAAAUACACAUCCUCUCUUUUGCAUGUAUUUCUCAAUUUAUCGGCACUUCUCAACGCAAUGCCAGCACAUUUACGUGUCAUUGGAGCCAUUUUGGCUUCUCCAGGAACGGGUUCCUUCAAGGUGCAGCUUGGUUGAGGUGCCUGCCGAGGCAGUCAUAGAGCUGAAGAGAAAGCUCUUGUCGAAUGCCUGUCCAGUCCACGAAGGACUAGUAUCUCCGAGAAUCCGGUGUACCCCAUUCUAUCUUAUACACCGGCUGGUUUUCGGAGAAUCUUUGGAAGUACAAUACUCUUGCGCCUGUGAUCGCCUUGAGCUAACCGUGGCCAGAUACGACGCUCACACCCCUCAGUAUUUCACGUGGGUCGAGCGGAACCUUGGCCAGUGCGCAUUAGCGCUUCUCAAGCAUUACAAAGAUCCUGAAUCAGAGGUUCUCUCCCGCACGUUCUAUGCCGUCAGUGCAAAGUUGAACUACACUCAAUUUGCAUCUUCCUCCAGCAGGGAAUCUGUUGAUCUAAUCUUCCUGCUACCGUCAGCGCUGGGGGAGCCAGUAUCAUUUGUGUCCUCUGCGACCACUGGAAUGCAGGAAAUGGACGACAUGUACGAUUUUCUGUCCGAGUUUGGACUAUACCCGGAUACCGUUAUCUCUGACCCACGAUUAAUCAAUGUAGGAGUGAAGUUCCAUACUAUGGAGGGAAUUUCUCAGGAAAUUAAAGGCAGAUAUGUUCGAAUCUUAACAAAGAUCGUUUUUUGCACUCCUUGUUGAUUCGUUCUCAAGACCAAUCUAUGAUUUAGCUUGCACUAGCGCAUAGGUUUGAUAACUUUGAUUACACCCGCGCAAGUCAAAUGACAUCCUUACACCCGAACAGUCAACAUUAUGAUGAACGCUCAACCGACUUGACAUCGGGUUAGGAACUCAGUACUCAACGUCCAACAUAUGUCGGGUUGAUCAGAAGUAGUUCAAAGUUGGUUCCGAAUCCCACACGAACGCUUCUAUGCAAUGCAUUGGUGAGAUAUAUGUCCGGAAAAUAUUUCUCCAUGCGGCAGCCUGCCGAUUCCUCGGCGCUCAGCCUUGUGGUCGCAUUACAUAUUAAUGGUUUCGCCAAGCAGGUGUAAUAUGUCGAUGUCAUGUCAGGGGUGUCUAUGUCACUCCGUAACCAAUUUUCAGGGCUCA